AUGGAGAAUAAUAGGAGGGAGAAAAUGCCAAAAAAUUCAGAAGAUAGGGCGAGGUUAGAUCAAACUCAUGGAUAUGAGGAAUCAAUUCAUAAAUACGAUCCUCCACCAUAUGGUUUGAAUAAUGGUUUGUCAAAUGGGGCAAAAGAGGAGGAAAGUUCAAUGGAAGUGACGGAUGUGACUAUUGAUGAACCAAAUGAUAGGCCUUCAGAUGAGCAGUCGGAAGUGUGUUCUACGCCUGAAGCAAACUACCAGAGGAGCAUUUUGCAGUCUUCAUCUGUCAUAGAGCGUUCUUGGUGGAAAGAUCCAAGUGUUAGUCCAUCACCUCGGGCAAAAAGAGGUUUGGACCAUUGCAUCACAGCACCUCUGGGCACUCGCAGAAAUCUCUUAUUCGAAAAUGAGGAUGGCGCAUUUUCAAGGUCUAUGACUGAGAAAAGGGCUAGUCCAAGGAUUGACCUAAAAUUUGAUAGACUCUCUGAACGUGAGAAGAGAAAGCUCAUUGUGGAGUUAGUGAAGAUCCAAAAUGAUGGAACAGUGGAGGUUGACCUCACUAAGAGUACACCUGUUGCUUCUGAAUUCAUAGAGCUUCAUUCAGUUGAAGGAGUUCCUCCAAGUACUGAUUGCAUCACAAGGUCCACAACUGAUCUGAACAGAUCAAUUCCAAAAUUGAACAUCGCAGUGCUUGUAGUUGGAACGAGAGGAGAUGUUCAGCCCUUUCUGGCUGUGGCAAGGAGACUUCAAGAAUAUGGUCAUCGUGUUAGGCUGGCAACUCAUGCUAACUUCCGUGAAUUUGUGAAGUCAGCUGGGGUAUAUUUUUACCCACUUGGUGGCGACCCUCGGGUUUUGGCUGGAUAUAUGGCCAGAAAUAAAGGUCUUAUACCAUCAGCGCCGGGAGAAAUAUCUGUACAAAGAAAGCAAAUAAAAGCCAUUAUUGAGUCUCUCCUUCCAGCUUGCACAGAACCUGAUGUAGAAAAUGGUGAACCAUUCAGGGCUCAAGCAAUUAUUGCAAACCCUCCUGCAUAUGGACAUGCACAUGUUGCUGAAUCUCUUGGUGUGCCCUUGCAUAUCUUCUUCACGAUGCCUUGGACGCCCACAUAUGCAUUUCCUCACCCGUUCGCACGUGUACCUCAAAGUGCAGGAUACUGGCUUUCGUACAUUCUUGUGGAUUUACUAAUAUGGUGGGGCAUAAGAGGGUAUAUUAAUGACUUUAGGAAAAAGAAUCUGAAGCUUCCGCCUAUUGCAUACUUCAGCACGUAUCAUGGGUCAAUAUCUCAUCUGCCAACAGGCUACAUGUGGAGUUCCCAUGUUGUGUCCAAGCCAGAAGAUUGGGGCCCUCAGGUUGAUGUUGUUGGUUAUUGUUUUUUAAACCUUGGGUCAAAAUAUCAACCUCCUGAAGAAUUUAUUCAGUGGAUCCAGAAGGGACCUGAACCUAUUUAUAUUGGAUUUGGGAGCAUGCCGCUUGAGGAUUCAAAGAAAACUACUGAUAUCAUUUUGGAAGCACUAAAGAAUACAGGACAGAGAGGAAUAAUUGACCGAGGGUGGGGAGAUCUUGGUGAUCAUACAGAGAUUCCUGAUAAUGUUUUCCUUCUUGUGGAUUGCCCUCAUGACUGGUUGUUUCCCCAGUGUUCAGCUGUGGUUCAUCAUGGUGGUGCUGGGACUACAGCUGCAGGACUAAAAGCUGGGUGUCCAACAACUAUAGUUCCAUUCUUCGGAGAUCAGUUUUUCUGGGGUGAGAGAAUUCUUCAGAGAGGGCUGGGACCUACUCCAAUUCCUAUAUCUCAGCUCAGUGUUGACACACUAUCAGAAGCAAUAAAGUUCAUGCUCCAGCCAGAGGUGAAAUCUCAAGCAAUGGAAAUAGCAGUGUUAAUUGAGAAUGAGGAUGGUGUUGGAGCUGCAGUCGAUGCAUUCCACAGGCAUCUACCUCCCGGAGUACCAUUACAAGUAUCUUCUUUGGAAAAAAAUGACGAUCCAAAUCCACUGCAGUGGCUUUUCACUCAGAUUGGAAGAUUGUGUUGCCUACCUUGUGGUUCUUAG